UUUAUUAACAUGGAAAAAGAUAUCUAAAAGCUCACCCCAUCGGUCACCGGCACAUUUACCAAAAUAAUUCUUUAUUGUCUUUUCUCUUCUCUAAUACCAUACACCCACGGUACUUGUGUUACCGCUAUCGCUGCUGCCCAUCAAAAUAAAAAUGAAAGACAAUGAUGCACCCACAGUUAUAUCCGUACUAUCACCAACCACUGUUGCUUCCUCCACAUCUCCAAUAUCAAUCAGGAAAGAUAGCUCAAAUGUUGGUUUUUCUGGUAAAACUCGAUACAAGUUUUGGGUCUUAGCUGCUAUUCUCCUUCUUGCAUUUUGGUCCAUGUUUACUGGCUCUGUUACUCUCGAAUGGUCUGCUGGUAAACUUACCCAUCCCUCAGAAGAUCUUGGCUUUGCAACCCUUGAUGAUGAUCUUGACAUACUUGAAAUUGAGGAAAAAGAGAAGUUGGUGAAACAUAUGUGGGAUAUCUAUACACAUAGUACUAGUACUAAAUUACCUCAUUUUUGGCAAGAGGCUUUUGAAGCUGCUUAUGAAUCUUUGGCUAGUGAUGUUCCUUCUGUUAGAGAUGCUGCUAUUUCUGAGAUCGCUAAGAUGUUCCUCCGCUCCUUCAAUCCCGAUCCACUUCCUGUUCAAUCUAUACCAAACUCUAAUCAGGGGAAGAAGAGUCCUAUGGUGGCGGAGGAAAGCAAGAGGCCUAGCCAAUAACCGGUUGUAAUGCCUACACAGAGUUUAGCAGACUGUAAACAACAGAAGUGAAUUCACAUUAUUGACAGAAAAAGAUCAAUUGCAUACAAUAGUUGUAGCCCUUGUUCUUCUACAACAAUCAAGAGCACUAGGAUGGAUUCAGUGCAUUGAAGUGAUUGUACAGUCAUUCAAAAUAAGAGAUGCAUAUUUAACUAUUGGUGCAUCUUUAAUUAAGUGCAUGUAAAUGUUCUUGUGGACGUUGCAAGUUGUGAUUUUGUAAUAGUUAGACAAGAAAAGGCAGUAGCCUACUUGAUUUUGUGCAAAUAAAAAUUCCGGAAAAUAUGUGCUGGAGUUGGAUAUCCA